ACCCAAUUCCACACUACACAACAGACGUCCUGCUCUCCACCUCUGCUCCCCUUCCUGCCCAAACGUGCAGGAAGAUGAUCAGGCCCUGGCAUCUGCCUUUUACUUGUACAUAAGGAAGUGAGCUGAGACCCUGCAAACUCAUUCCCAAGGGGAAUGCACCAUGGGGGCUCUGUUUUCCCAAGUCCUUGAAGCGGGGAAAGGCGAUGAGCAUGAUGGAGCACGGACUCUGCUGUUAGACUUGGCCUCAUCCCGCCUUCUCUCGCAUCUCCUCUGUGCACGGUUCUACUCUCUGUGGCUCUGUGGUUUCCGUUUUGCAGAGAAAGCACCUUCAUGCUGAUCCAAGCAAUUUGCUGCUCCCUUCAAAGGCAUAAGAGCCCAGCCGCGUUGUUAUUUCAGCCCAGUCACGCUUCGAGGACACAGGAGAUGGAAGGAUCCUGCAUUGUCCUGCUGGGGCUGCUGCUGGCGUGUUCCAGCCAUGCAGGCAAGCAGGAUGCUCUGAUCCUCGGGGGACGCAAAGUGGUGAAUCACUCCAGGCCCUACAUGGCCAUCCUGGAAAGCGAUUAUAAGGAAAUCCUGUGUGAUGGGUUCCUGAUCCAGCCAGAGUGGGUGAUGACCGCAGCCCAUUGCAGGAGCGCCAGAAACUUUCGAGUCCUGAUUGUGCUGGGGGUUGAGCUGCUGAGCGACUCAUCCAACCACAUAUGGGACAUCGCACGGUUUCGCCCACACCCUCAUUACAACCCGACCACCUGGGAAAAUGACAUUAUGCUGGUCCAACUGAACAACCCUGUUCCCUACAAUAAAGAAGUCCAACCAGUGAAACUCCCACAGCAGGACAGGGAGAUCCCCAGCACGGCUGCCUGCAGCACUGCGGGCUGGGGACACACCAGAAAUGGCGGGAAGCACAGCACGAAUCUGCGGGAGGUGAACGUCACCUUGGUUCCUAGGGACUCUUGCGCAUCAGGCCACAAGCGGAAAAUCACCAGGAAUAUGAUCUGUGCUGGGAACAAGGAGCACAAUGCCUGCCAGGGCGACUCGGGCGGGCCGCUGGUUUGCGACGGUGUGGCUGAAGGCGUGGUCUCCUUCGGCAGCAAGGAAUGCGGCAAGACCCCAACGGUUUAUACCAAGAUCUCCAGAUACCUGCCGUGGAUCAACAAAGUCAUCAAGUCGGCCCGUUAGAGGAUCCGGGGGGGGGAGGAGGGGGGCUGCUUAACCACCAUCCUUCCUGGCCAGCAACAUCUCCCUCCUGUGAAUCCUGCCCCAGCACCCCCACCAGGAAUGGCUCCCUCAUCCUGCUCCCCCAAGGGCUGCUAAGAACCCCACCCACACCUGACUCUAUUAAGAAAAACACAAGCUGAGUAUGUGCUUGCUUUAACCACUUUACUGCUGAACAGGACAGCAGGGGCUCACCCCAGCUGGGUCUGGUGGGCUCUGAUGGUGCACAGGAUAAUACUGCUGGGGACCCAGGCCUGUCCUAAAGGCAGUGAAAGGAUUAAAUGGGGAAGAGAGGUUUUUACAUCUAGAUAAUCCAGUCUGGGAGAGUAAUCAUUUGUUCUCUGUUUAAUUCAGUGGUGACAGUGAUCAGUGUGAGUUAGUGGCUGCACCACUGGGGAUAAGAGCCUACUACAGCUAGCAGGGUUACUCCUUUAGCUCAAGCAGUAGACACUCUGUCUUUAGCACUAGAGGUCAGGUGUUCAGUCCCCAGUGACAACUCCAGAGGAUGAUUGUGUGUCCAUACCCCACCUUCCCAAUCUCAGCCUGCCCAUUGAUGUUACCCAAACUGGCCAUUGCCUGACCCCUGUUACAAUGGCUAGGAAGGGCUCCUGAUACUUCUCUCCUUUAUUUGGCCCAUGCAAACUCAGCAUCUCAUUUCCUUUGUCCAUAGUUUGUUCCACCCACCUGCUGUUUCUUGUCCUGUAUAACUUGUAAGUUCUUUGGGGCAGGGACCAUCUCUGUGUUUGUGCAACACCUGGCACCAAGAAGCCCUGAUUCAUUUUGGAAGCUGCCAGGCCCUACCCGAAAUGCACAUAAUAAAUAACAAUAUCCUGCUGCUAUUUUGAUACUAUGAAGCCUUUUGUUUUUCAGUGUGAAAAAUGCUUUCUGUCUGAUCCUAAUAAAUUUGCUUCAUACCUGG